AUGCAAGCGCUCUCUCUUCUUGAUGAUGAUGUCCUCAUUCGUCCUCUUCACUAUCAAAAGGACAAGCGCUCUGGGAAGGAGUACAUAAAGAGAGAAGAUGAGAAGAAGAAGAAGAUGAAGCAAGACAAUCUUCUACAUCUCAGGUCGACCUACAGCAGCACUACAUCAGAGCUACAUCAGAGGCUUCAUUUCACUGUGGAUCUUGGCUCUGUCCGCUUCCCUACUCCUCCGCCAACCAGCAGCAGCGAUUCAGGCACUCAGGACAUCGUCUACACUCUCCAGACCUUCACAGACGGUUCAGGGCCUUCUCGCCAACCUCCAAGACACAAAGCUAAAAAGGGGGAGAUUGAAGAUGCAACUGGUUUGACGCAGAUCGUGAAUCAGUCAGGAAGUGCAUCAGGACGUAUGGACGGACAUGUUUAUGUGGAUGAUUUUGAUGAUGAAGAUGCUGGUGGUGCCUGGAGACCUGCGGUUAGUAAGAGUACUCACAGAAAGUAUCUUAGAAGAAAGGCCAAGUGGGAACAUUACAGUGCCUUGGCUGAACAAGAUAUGCAGCAAGAUCUUGAAGCUGACAAAGCUGGUGGUAACAUGACUGAGAACUCAACUGAUGACAAGGGUGCAAAGAAUGAUGAGGAUCUUUCUUCCGUCCUUAAAGAUACAAGGUUGGAAGAAGAUUCAUUAAAGUCUCUCCAAGAAGAGGCGAGUGCUGAAACUGCUUUAAGCGAUGGUGAGGAUGAUAUUGAAGCUGAGGGGAUCGAUGUUGCGAGUGAGGCUGGGGAGACAUUUGAGGCAUAUUCGAUGGCAGAUGAUGGUAGCAGCGAGCAGAGUUGGUCGUUGAGAGCCUUACAUGAGUCCAGUGUAGCUUGUAUUACCGGUGACUUUGCAAUGCAAAAUGUUAUUCUUCAAAUGGGUUUGCGUCUGCUUGCACGCGAAGGAAUGCAAAUUCGCCAACUAAUCAGGUGGAUCUUGAAAUGCCAUGCUUGCUACACAACAACUUCUGAUGUUGAAAAACUUUUCUGUCCCAAGUGCAGUAAUGGCGGCACUUUACACAUAGUGGAAGUGAGAAUAAGCGAGAAUGGCGCCGUCAUAUCUGCGCGUAAUCCACGUAUUACAACUCAAGCGACGAAAUAUUCGAUACCAAUGCCUAAAAGUGGAAGAGACGGCAUCACCAAGCAUAUGAUUCUAAGGGAAAAUUAA